CCGCCCCCUCCCGGAAGGCGGCGGCGGCGCGCGGAGCCCGGACCCCGACACCGACCCGCGCACCAUGGCUGCGUGCGCGCCGCUGCGCGACUGCCAGGCAUGGAAGGAUGCUGGACUCCCGCUGUCCACCUCAAGCAACGAGGCCUGCAGGCUGUUUGAUGCCACCCUGACCCAGUACGUAAAGUGGACCAAUGACAAGAGUCUUGGUGGCAUUGAGGGCUGCCUGUCAAAGCUCAAAGCAGCAGAUCCGACCUUUGCGAUGGGCCAUGCCAUCUCUAAUGGCCUCGUGCUGAUUGGCACGGGAAGCUCCGUGAGGCUGGACAAAGAGCUGGACCUAGCUGUGAAGACCAUGGUGGAGAUUUCCAAAACACAGCCGCUGACGCCACGGGAGCGGCUGCAUGUGUCUGCGGUAGAGACCUUUGCCAAGGGGAACUUUCCGAAAGCCUGUGAGCUAUGGGAACAGAUCCUCCGGGACUACCCGACAGACAUGUUGGCCUUGAAAUUUUCCCACGAUGCCUAUUUUUACCUGGGCUACCAGGAACAGAUGCGAGAUUCUGUGGCUCGAAUUUACCCCUUCUGGACACCCAACAUCCCCCUUAGCAGCUACGUGAAAGGCAUCUAUUCUUUUGGAUUGAUGGAAACCAACUUCUACGAUCAGGCAGAAAAGCUCGCCAAAGAGGCUUUAUCUAUUAACCCAACAGAUGCGUGGUCGGUGCACACCAUCGCCCAUAUUCACGAGAUGAAAGCAGAGAUCAAGGAUGGACUGGAAUUCAUGAAGCACUCAGAAACCCGCUGGAAGGACUCUGAUAUGCUGGCUUGUCAUAAUUAUUGGCACUGGGCUUUAUAUCUGAUUGAAAAGGGCGAGCAUGAGGCCGCGUUGACCAUUUUUGAUAACCAUAUCCUCCCCAGCUUGCGGGCCAACGGUGCAAUGCUGGAUGUGGUGGACAGCUGCUCCAUGCUCUACCGGCUGCAGAUGGAAGGGGUGUCUGUGGGUGACCGGUGGCAGGAUGUCCUGCCUGUGACCCAGAAGCACAGCCAUGACCACGUCCUGCUCUUCAACGACGCACACUUCCUGAUGGCGUCCCUGGGCGCGCGGGAACCCCAGACCACGCAGGAGCUGCUGACCACCCUGCAGGAUGUUACUGAGUCCCCAGGGGAGAACUGUCAGCACCUCCUGGCCCGUGACGUGGGGCUGCCCCUGUGCCAGGCCCUGGUGGAGGCCCAGAACGGGAACCCUGACCGCGUCGUGGAACUGCUCCUGCCCAUCCGCUACCGGAUCGUGCAGAUUGGAGGCAGCAACGCCCAGAGGGACGUCUUCAACCAGUUACUGAUUCACGCGGCCUUGAACUGCACCUCCGGCAUCCACAAGAACGUGGCCCGGAGCCUUCUGAUGGAGCGCGAUGCCUUGAAGCCCAACUCGCCCCUGACCGCGCGGCUCAUGCGCAAGGCAGCCGCCGUCCACCUCCUGCAGUGAGCUGGGCCUGGCCGCCUCCCCAGCCAUCAGAUCAGCUGCCCACUGGCUUCGGAGGGUUGGGAACAGCGAGAGCCUGUUUGCCAGGCUUGUUAGGGGUAAUCUGCAGCUUUAAGCAGAAAGCCCUGUAACCAGCAGCGUUAGAGGAAGGGGGGACACAAAUCAAUUUUAAACAUGAUUCAGAAUCUUCUUCUAAUCCUCGCUAUGGGCCGGGGUGCAGUUCUAACCAGUCAGAACCAACAUGGGUGCUGCGGUACCACUUGCUUUGCAAAUUCUGUUUUCCCAGGGGACUCGUACACCUCCUCUCCUGGUUGUUCAAGGGUUGGAAGGCAGCGGUGGGGUGGGGGCGGGCUCAGCUGGGGAGGAGGGUCUUCCACACAGCCCCCUAGGCUGCCCCAGGCAUAAACCCUCUCAUUUUGUCUUGCUCAUCAUAUUGUAGACAGCUUCUGUUAUCCCAUCUUUUGGGUGAGGGUACCCCUGGCGGGAAGGGACUUUCCCAGGGUCACAGCUAGUGGAGGCCCUGCUGAGAUUCACCUCAGGCCCCUGUCCUUCCUGAGGGAGGGGACCCCACCUCGCUGCCUGUGGCCUCGGCCCCCAGCUGCUGCCCCCACUGCUCUAUUCAUGGAAGCACAAGCACAUGAGUUGGCCCUUCUGCUGUCUCUAGAGAGAAGUCUGUGAGCUUCCUGGGGGCUUUGGUGGCACAGAUUUGGGCUUGUUGAUUCUUUUUGUGUGUGUGUGAGGAAGAUCGGCCCUGAGCUAACAUCUGCCAAUCCUCCUCUUUUUGCUGAGGAAGACUGGCUCCUGGGCUAACAUUCGUGCCCAUCUUCCUCCCAGCAUGGCUUGCCAAGCAGUGCGUUGGUGCGCACCUGGGAUCCGAACUGGCGAACCCUGGGCUACCGCAGCAGAGCGCGCGCACUUAACCGCUUGUACCGCCAGGCCGGCCCCGGGCUUGUUGAUUCUUUAUUCUAAACUGCACCUCGUAAAGGGGCCUUGGGUACGUGGUUUCCUCUGUCGACUGUGACUAAUCAGACGAAUGCACGUGCACUGAGCUGGUGCGCCUUCUGGGGUGUGAGGACUGAGCUCAAGGUGCCUUGCUGUGGCAGAAAUCAAAGCAUUGUGACAUGUGGCUUUAACAAGAUCUGAGCCAGUUUUAUAAAUGCUGCCUCGGCCUCCUGCUUCCCCGUUGUUAACCUGGCCCCGUGGUCCCUCCUGAGCGAGCUGCAGAUUUCAGUAGAAUGUGCUGGGUCAGUUGUGCUGUGUGAGAGGCGGUCCUGGCCCACAGAUGUUUUUCAGGUUCCUCUGGUGCACACUGAAAUUAAGUAGGGACUCAUGGGGGCAGGGAGGG